AUGACGCUCUACACCCCCGACCGCGCUCUCCUCCUCCCAACAUUCGAAACAUACCGCCUCAAAUCCCUCGACCCAUCCUCCAACCUCCUCUCCUUCCCUCUCCCUGCUCCGGGGGCAACCCAGAGCCGGAUGGGCUACAACCAGCAACACCUCAGCUUUAAGGAAGUGCGCUCGAGGAUUGGGUGGGAUCAUUUGAGUGUGGAUGAAGGCGGGAGGAGGGGGAUGUGGGUUGAUGGGGAGUGGGCAGUUGUUGGGCUUACGCUUGGGGACGAUCUCGAGCCGACAUUCACCAAACUCGCAGACCUUCCCCAGCCUGUAUCAUCUAUCACCCAACAAUGCGAGUUCCCAUCCAUCCUUCCGCUCUCGCAAACUCGCUGGGCUAUCGCGACAGGGAGCGGCUCGCUCUAUAUCCUCCAGACGUCUUCUGCAGAAGAGUCGUCUUUCACCGGAAAGCUCGUAGCGAGAUACGACCUUGUCCUCGAAGGGAGCGAAGGGCAAGCUGUUCCUUUUCUGUUAAGGGCGCAACAUCAAGUCGCAGAGGAUGAUGUUCGCUUGCUCGUCUCGCGCUCUGUCCAACCAGCAGAAGACGGAUCCGGCAAAAGCAGCUUCUCGUCCAUCCAAUCUACACCCUUUGAGCUUUUGGAGCUUUCCUUAAAUUCGACAGUGGAGAACGGUGUGGACGAUGCGCCUGGAGAGUUGAACGUCAAGUGGGCGCUGAGGGGCAAAGACCUGCCUGUUUGGUGUUCUUGGUACCAAGGCGCCGAUGCGCAGGGAUGGAUCGUUCUGAGUGAAGACGAGUUUACGAAAGCUGGAGCAGCCAAAGAAGAGACGGAAGUGGAGAGAAAGAAGAGGGAAAGGGAUGAAAAGGUGUCAAAGUUGGGGCUCGGGGCGACGCUUUCGGCAGAGGACAGGGCGACUAUUGAGGAAGAGAAGGGAGAUGCGAUGGAUGUGGAGGAAGAGCAGGGGGUGUAUCCUUAUACCUGGACUCAGACGCCUGAUACGCUCAACAUCACUAUCCCUGUACCCGAGUCUAUUAGCAGGAAAGACAUCAAACUCGCCCUUUCGCGGUCUUCCUUCUCCUUCUCUCUCUCCACCUUGCCCGCAGACAUCUCCCCUCAGCUCGCUACCUUCCUGCAAAAGAGUGCUCGGCAGUUCUGGUCUGAAAUCGAUCAAGAAGAAUCUUCAUGGACAUUCGAGUCUACCACCCACACCAUCACGCUCGACCUCCAAAAAGUCGACGAAAACGUCCGUUGGCCCUCUGUCUUUUCGUCCCCCAUCGACGAGGAUAGCGAUGAAGAAGAAGACGAAGUCCCCGAAACAUUCUCCGCCGCCCACCUCGCCUCCGUGCGCCAAUCAUUCUCUUCCAUCCAGACCCGCUCCCCGGACGAGCCUCCCCUCCCUCACCCUGCUAUACCCGCUCUUCUGAGGGAAGAGAUGGAUUUCGACCUGGAGGAUGGGGAAGAUUUCGGAGAGACUGAGGGGGAGAAUGGGGAUAUGGGUGGAGGGGGUAAGGUGGGGAGGAAUGUGUCGACUGGGUUCAUACGCGUAGAGACGGGUGAGGCGAGUUGGUCGAGAGGGACGAACAGCGUGUUGUCAUUACCUCUCAACGGAUCGGGCGGAGAGGCGGUGAUUGUCAAGCAAGCUGUUGAUGGUCUGGUAUAUUCCCCUCAGAGAGAGGGACAGCCGAGCAAGAAACCUUGGGCGCAUGUGUCGACAUCCCCAGCGUUGGCAUUUGUCCUCUCUAGCAAACGUGAUAUCCGUCUCGUCCGGCACCUCUCCCCUUCCCCCUCGUCCUCUUCCUCUUCAUCCCUCCCUGUACCAACAACAGUCCUAGCAUUCGACUCGGGCUCAUCCACCGCCGGACAAGGUAACGUCUAUACAUACUACCCGCCUCUCGACAAGGCUAGCGCGCAGCAGGGGGUGUUGUCGUUGAGUGGAGGGGAUAGGGGAGCGUUGUUGGGUGUUGGGUGGUUGAAGGUGGGUGGGGAGGGGGUGGUGGUGGGGCUUUGUGAGAAGGAGCUGGUGGUCCUUAGGGGGGUGGUAUGA